CAGUCCCUCACGGUAAACCGGCUCGUUCGGUUCUUUCGCGUCGUCCGUCUUACCGCGUCCCUCUCUCUCUCUCUCUCUCUCUCCGUCACGGAGCGUUCUGAUCCUCGCGCCUCGGAUUCCGAAGCAACAACGCCCGGCGAUCAGAGUAACAGUAGUAGUGAUCUUCUUCGAGUGGCGAGAUCCGGUGCGCCCGUGCGUACGACGAUUCAGUGCGAUCGAUAAGUUGGUUUGACAAGCGCACGGCCCGGUGAGCCGCCAUAGCUCCGCUGCCUCCUCGCAUCUUCCUCUCGGAUUGGUGUCCGCCAGUGGAUAUUACUCGGCUCGCGGGGAAAAUAUCUCUCUUGCAGGAACAAGACAUAGGAUGGGCCGAGCCGUGCAAAGAGGUGUCGUUCAACACUGAAAAGGAGGAGUGUCUCGAAAAAGCGGAAGAAGCAGGAAAACGCGAAGGAUGCCUGCUUCGCAAACCGCCGCAACCGAGCGGCGAAACGACAGGACGCUGACGCACGAACCGCCAAAAUUGAAAACUACCUUGAAGACACCUCCUAAGCAAGCCACCAAUCCCUUACAAUUCGUUAAAGUCGGACCAUGUUCAUUGUACCGGACCGCACAAGAGCAGCUUCAGAAGGUUCAAGAGGUGAAGAAAAUCAAACAGGAGGUCCGGGAUGAUCCCGAAGAUUGGCAAUCGAAUUUAGAUAACUGGAAGAGUAGUCGAAGGAAGCGGCAGGAACACAUAAUCGAGCGGGUGGUGGAAGUGAAAAAACUCGAAUUGGAGGAGCAUGAUCGCCAACGUCGUCGGAACAAAACCUUCUCGGAGAUGAUGGAGGAGCGCGGUAAUAGAGGCCGCAAACUGAGCAUCAGUUUGGCUAUGUACAACGAUGAGGAUGCAAACGAUCUCAGCGAUCUUGGAAUCGGCACCAGUAGCGGCAAGAGCUCAGUCAGCGGCGACACUCACGAUGAUACGCAUAGCGUUCUGAGUGACAGGGACAGCGAGAUGGAGAAAAGCCAUUCGGAUGUAGACAACGCUACCGAUGCGGCCUCGACGAUCAGCACAACGCUGGCGGCCUCGGUUGCGUCCACAUCAGCCGCGGUAACGAGUGCGUUGGCGGCGACAUCCGCAGCGGCGGCGACAACAACAACGGAGACAACGACAGCGACGGCAACGACGACGGCAAUGCCAACGACGGUGAUGCCGAGUGUAAUUGCGACGACGACGACGGCUGGGACGUCGUCAACGGCGACGUCCAGCGCAACGAGGAAAGCGUUCGGCGGUGGUUUUCACAAUCAAGAAUACGAGCCCACAACUAUCGCGACUACGAGCUCGCCUGAGCCGGAGGAGUACACGUACGAAGGCGCUAUUCGCGGUUACGUGUCGCGGGUGUCGCAAAAUAUACCGAGGAGGUCUUUGACCGGGAUCGACUCUAAGCUCGAGGGAGCGAAAUCGUCGGUAAAUGGCUCGAAAACGAGCCUGAACGACGACAGCAAGUCCCCGUUGUCGAUGGUGAAGGUGGACAUAUUAAAGAGACGCGAGGUGUUCGAAAAGGCGUCGCAGAAGAGCAACGACAGCAAAACGAAUAACAGGCUGUCCGGCGACUUCACCGGCUCGAAGUCUAUCAAAGAGAGACUAUCGAGCCUUGAGAAGCAAAAGUACGAGGCGGAGAACGGUGGCAGCAAGACGCUGAACCGAUUGUCCGGCGACAUGAGCUCGAUCAGAGAGAGGCUCACCCACCUGGAGAAGCAAGCUUCGGAGCGAGAGAGCAAGAGCUCCGUUCACCGCAAGCUCAGCACGGAAGAUUUGGAGACGGUGAGGCCUCUCAGGGAGAGACUGUCCACCCUCGAGAAGUACAGCAGUAGCGACGAGUCGUCCUCCGUGCCGACGACCACGGCGAGCGAGUCGCGGCAUAACGGCGAGCUUACCGCCAAGACGAUCAAAGAUCGCCUUAGUGCGCUGGACGCCGCCAGGAACAAGGAUAUCGUGGAGAAGCGGGUUGCAGUUGGCAAGCACGCGCUCUGCUUCCGAGACCAGGAGAGCAGGAUCGACACCUCGACGCCCAGCGAGAGGAGCUCGUCGCCGGACUCGGAGUACCGCGUACCGCGCGCCAUCUUCCACAGGAGCUUAGACUCCCUGGACGCCGACGCUUCUAGCGGACCCGAUACUUUCGAGCGCGUGCAGAGCCUCGAAGAACUCGACUAUGGCCGACGGUACCCCGCUUCCUCGUCAUCCGCGGAACUCCUCAACGACACGGACCGCGAGGAUUCGGGCAUCCACACCGCGGACGUGAGCUGCUCGGUUAGCCAAGCGGACGAGCCAAUCGACGAGGAGAUCGUGCAUACCGGCAGCAGCAUCGUUGAGCGACGGGAGCCCCCCGUCCAAGAGGACACCCCGAGCAGCACGGUGGUCGAAGCGCCGAACGACGCCGCGGCGACGGCUCACCAGUUCGCCAGUCAUCGGGAGGCAGUAGCGAUGAUCAAGGAUACUGCUGACACCUCUGGGGAACUGUCGACUAACAAAUCACAGCCGCAGACGCACGUAGAGACCACUACUAAUUCUAAUACACUUCGUUCACAUACCUCCGUGCCUCGCGCGAUUACCCACCCGAGUCCCCAAGCACCUCAGCGAGAAACAAGCCCCGAGAGCCUCUCGAAAACGCGCACAUUCGCCAAAGACGUGGCCGAGCUGAAAACAGAGUCGGAACCGAGUCCUACCGAGUCUAUAGUAUCGGCCAGUCUGAAGCUCUCCAUUGAGCAAGCGAAAUUCGCCAGCCCGACGAAGCGGCAGAAUUCGCUGAAGGAACAGUCCCCGUUAUCCGUGGACAUUGGCAACGCGGAGACUUACCAAUUAACAUUUCCCUCGGUCAGGGCGACGCUGCUUCCCCCCGACUCGAAGCCUUCCCGCGCCGCUUCCAAGAUUCCCACUCCGCUCCCUCGGAAAACCGCCAAGUCCUCGCCGACGAGUUCCGACUCCGCUUUGAUCUCCGGCCCGUCCGCCCUCAAAGCUUCCCCGUCGAAGACGCAUCCGGGGAGUGGCAACAAGUCCUCGACGGGCUCGGCCCCGAGAACGUCCGAGGCAGCAGCGUUUCCCGCUUCCGCGGAAUCCGUGUCUUCGCAGACGAGCUCGACGGAGCAGCUCGUCGCAUCCCCGUCGAGAAUCCCGUCGGCGCGAUGCUACGAGGAGGCGACCACGCUGGCCACUCCGUCGACGGAACGACGUCGAACCGUGGUAGAGGUGUGCGAGAAGGUGGUGGUACCUCAGGGCAAGGCACCGCCGGUCACGCCAUUCAUCACGGUGAAUCGCGUUAACGACAUGCAGCAGAGCCCCGAGGAACGGGUCGUUAUUGAGAAAGCGGACGAAGAAGAGGCGGCGGCGGCUACGAUCCUUCGCCCGGCGGCUCCGGCAGUCGAGCACGAGCAACACGAGCGACGCGAGAAAACGGAAACGCCGAUGAACGUCGGGUUGCCCGCCACCACGAGGAAGUGCGUCGCUGACAUCGCCGUGCACGAUGCACCUGCGGUCGUCGCGCCGACGGCUGGUCUGCCGCCGGAUAGGCCGGCGAACUUGAGUCUGACCAAGCAGGAAGUCAGCCCGACGUUGAGCGUCCCGGCCUCGCCGAUUUCUGGCAAACAGAUCCUACCACUUGCCUUGUCCAAUGAUGAGGAGAUCGUCGCUGGCCAGCCUUUCCUUCUGAGUCCAUUGACGAGCGUGGAGCCGCCUAAGGAGAAGCCACCGCCGCCACCGGUGGACGUCAGUGACGAUGACAACCCUCCCCUGGAGCCGCUCAAGCGACUGAAUUCUACUCGCAGGAUAAAGAAAGAGCUGCGCACAAGGCGCUCGGAUUUUCUCGGCAUCGAGGGGGUCAACGAUGACGAUCUCGAGCCUGUGUUGACAUUGACCAAACCACCGGACAUGGCGGCUAUCCUUGCCGAAGAAAGACGCAUUGAACAACUCCAUCGUCGUUCCUUCGACACGGACAGUAACUAUGAGCAAGAUUCGAGUCACGAGAGAGACUCUGGGGUCGAGUUGGGUCACGUUGAGGAUUGGACGAAACAGCCGGUCAGCCCCGACAUGUCGCAACACAGCAGGCAGAGCAGCGAACCUUUCGGCGCCAGUGUGACUUCCUCCGAGGAGGACGAGAUCACCAAAAAGGAGCGGGAGAUCAUCGAAGUCCUCGAAAAGGAGGAACAGUGGCGUUACGGAAACAAUCGCGAACUCAACAGUGACUUAGGCGAAAGACUGGCCCACAAAUUGCGCGAGCUCGAGGAAGAGAAGAUGCAGCUGGAGAGAGAGCGCGCGCAGGAGGUGAUCCUGCGUUGCAACGAGGACGCGUUUCGCAAGCGGGACGACAACGCACGCAAACAGGAAGGAGACGCUUCACAAGAGCAACAACAGCACGAUGAGACGGCGAAACAGCGGGAGGUCCAAACAGCAGCGCAACAGGCAACGGAGGAGGAAGCGAAGUACGUCGAGGACAACAAACGGAGAGACGAGGAGCUCGAGAUGCAGUCGGAGCAGCUGAGGAUGCAGAACAAGAUCGAGGAGAAGGAGCGAAAAGCCGCUGAUGCAUGUCGUAAGGAGGAGAUACGUAUCCGGACGAUGGAGAGUCAGAUUCGUGAGCAAGAGAGCAAGGCACUGGUCGGUGAUGGGUUGAGCGGCAACGAAGAUGAAUUCCCUUCCGGGGAGGUGCUACGAGUGGAAAGGGAACUUCUGCAGUUAGAACAGGAAGAAUUGAAGAGACAACGCAACAAUUUGGCUUAUCGUGAGCAAAAGCAGCUCCGGUUGGCGGAGCAGCUGCAGGAACAGUGGAAAUCCUUGCAGGACGUUGCGCAGAGCUCCAUCAAGAGCACGCAACAAUACAAGUAUCAUGUGCCUACGGUGAAUUAUGGAUCAUCGAUGCCGAACUUGCAAUUUCAGGACACACCGAGAAGAAGACCACCACCGCCGCCGAUCCCGCUUACUAAACCACGUAUGGUAGAUCAAAGGCAAAGAGACAUCAGUAUCAUCAGAAACAGCCGCGUACCAUCGGCGGACUCGAUUCCUCAACAAGUAGAUGCGUCGAUUCGGGAGAGCGCAUCAGCAACGACACUCACGAUUCACGCUGGCCAGCAAAUGUCUAGACAAACUUUACAGGCAUUAAGCGCUGUACCACGGUCACGAAUCGUCCAUGGCGAUCAAUGGGUUCAGCGAAGGAAGAGUGAUGUACCGAGAGGAGCUCACGAUUUGAACUACCAACAUUGGCUCAUUCAGGAGGCGGAACACAGGAGAAUUAAUGAGAGAAAUCAACGAUCACCGGCGCGGAAAUCCCAACCGCACGUAACUGGCACCUCCGUGCCAUAUAACGCUCUGACUCGGCCAGAUACUAAGCCGCUACCCGAUUCUAUCAUACAAACGUUAACGCAAAGGGUACAAAAUAAAACGCAAGAAAAGCCUCUUUCGACUAGAAGAAGGUCGGAGCAAGUUCACAGUCAAGAACAUAUCUCGACCAUACACCAAUCGCCUCAGUAUACAUUACCGUCUCAAAAAACGCAACAUGCGCCAGUCACAAAUAACGGCGGAAGUCAAGAGAAAAUGCUGAGCGUGAGUGGAAAGAAAAAAUGCUCCCACUGUGGAGAAGAAUUAGGUCGAGGUGCUGCGAUGAUAAUCGAGAGCCUACGGCUGUUCUAUCAUAUGGAAUGCUUCAAAUGUUGCGUAUGCCACGUGCGUCUCGGCGAUGGAUUGAUGGGAACGGACGUGCGCGUUCGAAAUCAUAAGCUUCAUUGCCAUAACUGCUACUCCAGUGACGAUGGUGUCAAGUUCAGUUGUGUGUAGAAGCCUGGUGGUAAACGGAAUUGCGCUGAUUAAUUUGAUCGUAAACACUUUUCGACUAUAUCUUACCAAACCGGCGCAAUCGACCGUUCAAUUAAAAGUCUCUAAAGUAUCACUCGACACACAUACACAUACAACAUACAUAGGAGAGAAAAAAAAAGAGUGAUCUUGUGUAAAAUGUAUUUGUCAGUAGGUGGGAUAGGAAGAAGAGUGACGUCACUGUCUGCCAAUUAAUUAUAUCCCCUGUGUCUUUAUAUCGAGAUAAUGAAUCAUACAUUGUACGCAGCCAACUUUACCAACUAACACGAAUCGCACGCGAAGGAUGUAAAUAAGAUGUAUUUAUGUAAUUAGUGUAGAGAGGUAAGAAAAUGCAGAGUCGUUGGAAGAAUUCAAUGUGGAUGCAGGUGGCGUCGAAUCAGCGACGCUGUAUAUUUUUGUAAUAUAGUUUCUCCGUACUAUUAUUUAUGCAGGUAUAUCUAAUUUACACCGGUCAGGCGACAAAAUGUGCGCAACUGGUUUUCUUUUUUCUCUUUCUGCCGCCAGCUUCAAAUUUCUUCUUUCUUCUCGUUCGUAUUUCAAGCUUUCAAGUCUUCGAAUCUUACGCGGAAGCGAAUAACGCGAAAUCGAGUCUCCGCUGAGACAGUCGAAUUCUAGCAAUUCUGUCUUUGCACAGUGGUCAACUGUUACGAAAUCAAAAUGCGUCUCGUUGUACAGAUAUACUUUCGCUCGCUAUCGUCAUCGGGAUCGUCACCGACUUGAUGGAAUUACGCGUUUAAACGAGAGCAAGACAAUGUCUCUCCCAACAGCUUCCAAAUCGUAACCCAUAAUCGCGUUGAACACGCGUUACGUUGUGAAAUAUUGUAACAUAUUCAUCUCGUGUUAUUAACGUAUGUAAUUUUAUAUUAUUGAGGAGAAUAAAAAGUGAAGCAAAUAUAAAA